AUGAUUUACGAUGGCUCUGAACGUAAUAAACCACAGGCUAUUGUUGACGGUUUCGCUGACUACUUUUCAAAAUCCUUCACUCCCAACAAUGGGCAGCGAAUCUAUUCCUCCCUAAAUCUGAUCAGGAAUACCCUUUACAUUAAGUCUGUGUCCCAAUCGGAAGUUUUAAUCGCUAUUAAAGAUCCUAAAAACCAAUGUAUUUCCCAGUCAAUUGAAGAUUUCUCAGAUCUGCCUGUAUAUAAAAAAGGUAAUAAAACGGAUUUGAAAAAUCCCGUUUCUCAUAUUUCCAUCUUUGCUAAGAUCUUUGAAACUCUUCUACACGUUCCUCUUUACCGCCAUACAAUGCAAGCAUUGAGUCAAUAUCAGCAUGCGUUCAUGAAAGGACGAUCGACUGAAACUAAUUUAGUUUCAAUAACUCAGACCCUCUGCGGGGCAAUAGAUACCUGUCAGCAGAGACGGAUGCGCCAGGUUCGUCGAGUUUUCCCGAGGUGUACUCUACAAGAAGUAAAGGAUUGGCUUCAACACGAAUCGGACAUUAACAGUUAUGAUGAAUCUGGAAAUACAAUACUGGCAACAGCUGCAUAUUUCGGACAAAUUGAUACCGUUAAUUACCUUUGCGAGAUGGGAGCAAAUAUUGAUAGUUUUCAAUACCCAGAGGGUCAGCCGCCUUUAUCUCAGGCGAUAAGCCAUGCUCAUCGUAGUAUAGUAAAAAUAUUACUAGAAAAGAAUGCAUCUGUCAAUGUUGUAGAUUGUAAUGGCUAUUCUCCGUUAAUACAUGCAAUAUUGAAAGGCAACUCUACUAUUGCAAGUAUGCUUAUAAAUGCUGGAGCCGAUAUUAAUAGCUGCUUUGAUUUUGGUUACACUCCUUUAGCAAUUGCUGCUGAAAAAAAUAGACUAGAUAUCAUAGAGAUUUUAUUGGAGAAUAACGUGGACGUGACAAUAUUUAGUAACAACGAGGAAGUGAUGUCAAUGCAAUCGAUUCAGAUGGGAACACCGCCUUGA